AUGGUCUUCAGCGGGCUGCUCACCACGGGCGACAGCAACAAGCCUAGCGGGAACCGGCCCCGGGCCAAGACGUCGUCGUCGUCGGCUACGUCGGAUCUGCUGCCGCUCCCCGGAUUCAUCCACGACGAAUCCCAGCUCCCGUGCCUGCCCCCGGAGAGGCCCAACCUCCGCGAGCUGAACGAAAGUCUCGAGGCCCUCGCCGCCGCCUUCCCCGAUAUACAGAUCGAGGUCUUCCGAGAGCUGCUCUCCAGCUUCGACGGGGAGUCCCGGCUGGCCCUCGUGGCCGAUGCACUCCUCAAGAAUCGAGUCACCUGGGUCAAAGGGAGGUGGAAGGUUGCCGACCGCACCGCUGAUGGAAGGGGAGGCUUGGAUCUCAGCAGCAACAACCAUAACGAUGAUUACGAUGACGACGACGACGACGACGAUGACGGCAGAAACGAGGAGGAUGGGGACAAGGGGGACAAGGAUGGCGGCAGGCAUGGACACGGACAUGGACAUGGACAUGGACAUGCUACCCCCGCCGAAACUGUACCCCGAAACGAACGGUUCAGGAGCAGCGAAUACGUCCAGGCAGUCCAGACGCUGGGAUACCAAGAGUUCAAGGGCCUGUCCAAGUCGACCAUCAACGCAGUGCUGGCCGAGAGCAACUACUCGUACCUGGAGGCGCGGCCGACGCUGGUGACGCUGUCGUCCAAGUCGUGGCGGUUCGCCAUCUCCGCCUUCCUGCUGCGGCGCAAGCCGGUGACGGGGGGCGACGCGGUGGAGAGCCACCCGCUGGUGACGUGGCGGUCGUCAGGCCAGGGGUCCAUCUACCCGGCGCUGCGGGCGACGGGCAACGCCGAGCUGGACCGGGAGCUCUUCACGCGGCUGAUCGCGCCGAUCCGGGCCAAGGAGCGAGCCGAGCGCGACGAGAAGGACUCGCAGCUGGCGGCGGAGCUCAACCUGGACGAGGCCGAGGCGGCCGAGGCGACGCACGAGUGCGCGUGCUGCUUCAUGGCGGGCACUUUCGAGCAGUUCACGCACUGCAACCGCGAGGGCCACAUGAUCUGCUUCCGCUGCGUGCGGCACUCGGUCAACGAGGCCGUCUUCGGGCAGGGGUGGCAGAGCAGCAUCGACCACGCCACGGGCACGCUGCGGUGCAUGGCCGUCGACGGGUCCGGGUGCGAGGGGGGGCGGAUCUCGCGCUCCCACAUGCGGCGGGCCAUGCGGGGCGAGAAGAAGGGCGGCGAGAUCCUGCGCAGGCUGGACCAGCGGCUGGCCGAGCACAGCCUGGCGGCGACGCGGCUGCCGCUGGUGCGCUGCCCGUUCUGCAGCUACGCCGAGGUCGACGACGUGUACAUGCCGUUGCGGGAGCAGCGGAUGCGCGUGCGCGUCGACAGCGUCAUCAACCUGGUGCUCGUGGUGCUGUGCGUGGGCGUGACGCCGUUCCUCCUGCCGCUCGUGGUGCUCUCCUCGCUGCUGUGCCUGGUGGUCAGCUCUCAGCAGACGCUGGGCCACUACCUCCGCGCCGAGUGGCGGUCGGCGCUGGGCAGGAGGAGGCGGCACCGGAGGGGCCAGCGCUUCGUCUGCCAGAGCCCCGACUGCCGACGCGCCUCGUGCCUGUCGUGCGGCAAGUCGUGGGUGGACGUGCACGUGUGCCACGAGUCGUCGCUCAUGGCGCUGCGCACCCAGGUCGAGCAGGCCAUGAGCAUGGCCGUCAAGCGCGUGUGCCCCCGCUGCUCCACCUCGUUCGUCAAGAACUCGGGCUGCAACAAGCUCACCUGCCCCUGCGGCUACAAGAUGUGCUACGUCUGCCGCGCCGACCUGACCGACCAGGGCUACCGACACUUCUGCGACCACUUCCGCCCGGACGGCGACCCGCGCCCAUGCGCCGACUGCGACCGCUGCAACCUCUGGGAGUCGGAGGACACGGACAAGGUCCUCCGCGAGGCGCGCGAGGACGCAGAGCGCAGGUGGAAGGCAGCCGAGGCCCGCGAGCUCUCCGGCGCCGACAAGGCCUUUCUCGAGACCGGCGUCGCUUCCGACGACGCAGGUCAUGGCCUCGUCGAGAGUGUCCUCCUCCGCGGGAAGCUGCCUACCUUGUCACAGGUGUUGGAUGUCGUCGUCGACGUCAUCUUUGUCUGA